GUAUAAGAGCUCUUCGUCUUUAGCUUUGCGGCUACGUUGUUGGUAGUCGGUUGUUUUCUUCGUAACCGCCGGGGUUCCUUCCCGUCGCCGCUGAACAAUCGGCCAUUAACUCCAAGCAUCAGACGGACCACAGAUUACAGAUGGACCAGCAGGACCAGUCGUAUAUGUUUGCAAGCCUCACAAGACCUCACUCGGAGCAGCUGCUGCAAGGCCUCCAGCUCUUGCGGCAGGAUCAUGAACUAUGUGACAUUGUCCUACGAGUGGGAGAUGCCAAGAUCCAUGCCCACAAAGUAGUGUUGGCCAGUAUCAGUCCUUACUUCAAGGCCAUGUUUACGGGUAAUCUUUCAGAAAAGGAGACAUCCGAGGUGGAAUUCCAGUGCAUUGAUGAGACUGCCUUGCAGGCCAUCGUGGAGUAUGCCUACACUGGCACGGUAUUCAUCUCCCAGGAAACGGUGGAAUCGCUGCUUCCAGCUGCCAAUUUACUCCAGGUUAAGCUGGUACUUAAAGAGUGUUGCUCUUUCUUGGAGAGCCAGCUGGAUGCUGGAAACUGCAUAGGCAUUUCUCGCUUUGCAGAGACUUAUGGUUGUCAUGACUUGUGCCUGGCUGCAACUAAGUUUAUCUGUGAAAACUUUGAAGAAGUUUGCCACACGGAUGAGUUUUUUGAACUGACAAGAGCUGAGCUGGAUGAAAUCGUGUCCAAUGACUGCCUUAAGGUGGUCACAGAGGAGACUGUAUUUUAUGCCCUCGAAUCGUGGAUCAAAUAUGAUAUAACUGAAAGACAGCAGCAUCUCGCUCAGUUGCUGCACUGUGUUCGCCUUCCUCUUCUUAGCGUCAAAUUCCUCACUCGCCUUUACGAAGCCAACCACCUUAUACGAGAUGACCACGCAUGCAAGCACCUCCUCAACGAGGCCCUGAAGUACCACUUUAUGCCUGAACACCGGCUAUCCUAUCAGACUGUGUUGUCAGCGCGGCCCAGAUGUGCUCCGAAAGUGCUGCUUGCAGUUGGAGGCAAGGCCGGACUGUUUGCUACAUUGGAAAGCAUGGAAAUGUAUUUCCCUCAGACGGAUUCAUGGAUAGGACUUGCCCCUCUUAGUGUUCCCCGAUAUGAGUUCGGAGUGGCGGUGUUGGACCACAAGGUGUAUGUGGUGGGAGGCAUCGCCACACACAUGAGACAAGGCAUUAGCUAUAGGAGACAUGAGAGCACGGUGGAGAGGUGGGACCCUGAAACCAACACAUGGUCCUCUGUGGAACGUAUGGCCGAGUGUCGCAGCACGCUCGGAGUGGUGGUCCUGACGGGAGAACUGUACGCCCUGGGAGGCUAUGAUGGCCAAUAUUACCUUCAGUCUGUGGAGAAAUAUGUCCCAAAGCUGAAGGAGUGGCAACCUGUGGCGCCCAUGACAAAGACUCGCAGCUGCUUUGCCACUGCUGUGCUGGACGGCAUGAUCUAUGCUAUCGGAGGUUACGGCCCUGCACACAUGAACAGUGUGGAGCGGUACGACCCCAGCAAGGAUGCCUGGGAAAUGGUAGCCCCCAUGGCAGAUAAGAGGAUCAACUUUGGGGUUGGGGUCAUGCUGGGCUUCAUAUUCGUGGUUGGUGGACACAACGGUGUCUCUCACCUGUCCAGCAUUGAGAGGUUCGAUCCACAUCAGAACCAGUGGACAGCCUGCCGGCCAAUGAAUGAACCCCGAACGGGUGUGGGAUCUGCAAUUGUGGACAACUACCUCUAUGUGGUUGGAGGCCACUCCGGCUCAUCCUACCUGAACACCGUCCAGCGUUACGACCCUAUCUCGGACAGCUGGUCGGACUCUAGUGGCAUGAUGUACUGCCGUUGUAACUUCGGUCUGACUGCCCUUUGACCAAUGGCCCAGCCAGCCCGGACCCAGUGAAAACUCUUGGACAUAGACUUUAUUUUUUGUUUCCCCCUCUUUUUUGUUGUCUCCUCCUGUUUCCCCACAUUCAUCCUCUGAGUGCAGACAAGCUCAGCUGCACACCUACAGAAACAUCAGAGCGUUUUCUGGGUGGAUGGAUGGAUGGAUGUGCAGGGCUAGCGAGCUAGCUGGCUGGCUGGCUGCAGGGGACCACAGUCAUGACUGCAGAGAUGAGGAAGAGCCGUUAAAUUAAUGAACAAGGAAGAUAUUUGGAUGUCUGGCACAUGGCUAUCACUGCUCUUCUGCUGCCGGGCCACAGUGAAGCCUCUGGGUCAUGUGUCUGAGCGUUGUGGGGAAAAAUCUGAUAGUGGUUCAGGAUUGUAUGUUGGAUAUUUUUGUUCUUUCAUGUCAUUCUAUAUUUUAUUUGUCUGCUGCAGUCAGAACUGUGGUCAAAUUUUGUAGAACAAUGCAGAUUGCUUGUGUAUUUAUAUGAAGGUGUGAUAGUUGGCCAUGCUCUCUCUGUGUGUCUGUGUGUGAGAGUGGGAGCGUGCGCGCACUCUAGGGGCAAGUGCAUGUCAGGACUGUUUGUUACAUGUCUGUGUGCAGAACUGAGGCUCGAGCAAAACGGCAUCGUUCUGCAGCCAAAUUAGUGCUUCACAACAAAAAGAGCAAAGUUGGAAUCUUUAUAUUUUCUCUAAAAAAGGGCUGCCUUUCUUGUGUAAAUAGUCAAAAUGAAGUAUAUAGAUAAUAUAUCCUCUAGUGCAUUGCCUGUAAAUGUUUGUGCACUGGGUCACUAACGUGUGCGUGAAUGUGUGUACUUUGCUUCCCAGGGUCACUCUAGCGACAAAUCCCCCUCCCAAGUGUUUGCCACUAGUCCUUGCUUUGCAAAAAUUCCCGUGUUUUUAGCUUCUGUUAUAUCUUUCUGUCAGGCCAUGCACUCGUUACUUUUCCCAACAGUCGAAAUCAACGUCUGCCCUUUUUUUGUCACCCUUUUGCUCUGUACACAAUACUAACUGGUGCUAUAUCUAGAAUUCAGGAUUCAGAUGUUUGUCUGUUGCUUUACAGAAUCUGGUCAGCCUCCUGUUUGGGCUCUGUUACAUGAUUUUGCUUUUUUUUUUUUUUUUUAUGCAUUACAUGCAUAAAUCUAAAUGGGGGCCCAACCAUGCAAUAAGAAAAUCCUAUUGAAAGGGAAAGAGGGCUUGGACAACCACAAAAUUGUCCUAAAAGCCUGAAGAUUAGCAUUAUGUUUUUAUAUUUUCUUUUAUGAUUAUAAAAUCAUUGUUGCAGGAUACAAGCAUGCCAUUUAAUUCUGGCACUUGCUAUCUUGAGUGUGCUUGCUACCUGUUAUCAUCUUCCUGUGGCCAGGUUUUGCUUGCAUGCUCAGGUCUGAACUAAUUAUCCACAGCUUCAUGUGAAGUGCCAAAACUUUUUUGUUUUAACAACCGUAGCACUGGAAACAACCUCCCUCUUGUGCCACAGUGGAAAGAGUUUCUUCUCAUGCUCAUUGCUGAAGUAUUUGCGUUCGGUUCUUCCAUGGAAGAUAAAGCCCUGUCUUGGGUGCCCUGCGUGUACCGUGACUCGGUACCGGCUGAGUGUGUCACUGCGCGGCUUUCUUGCUCAGCUGACAACACAUCAAGCGACGCAGAGCAGAGGCAGGUCUGGGGGUGAGGGGGAGGCUUGCUGAAUCACUGUUCAUCUCCAAGUCUUGUUUGCAUACAAGUAAAAACUCUAACCAAGCUUUGCAUUGCACUUACCAAACUAUUUGAUACAUAUUGUAAUUUGUACAGACCGUUUUUGAUUUAAGCUAAUGGCACUUAGAUGAUGCAAUAAGACUUCCCUCUUUUGGAUGAGUAUGUUUCGUGUUUUGUCUCUUUAAAAAGCCAAGGCCUCUCAUAUUGCUGUAACAGAACCCUACAUGGAAUGUUUGCUGGUAAUGUGUACGUCUACUGAAACAUCAAAUGGUAUCACUGACCUUGCCUCAAAACUAUCGGGCAUCUUGUGUUGUCAUUUUGUUGUGCAUGCUGGUUCAUCCAGACAUAAAUCCUCUCAAGGAUAAAUAUUCAUAGAUAAUCUGCUUAUAUUUGGGAGCAAAUUGGAGAACUUUAACAUGUUUCAGCCAUUACCGCAAGUCUUUUAAACACUUUUAAAUUAAGACUGGGUAAGGGCAAAAUUAACAUUUCAAAAUACAAAUGCCUUGUGAUUUGGUCAAGAUGUCAUUAAUCUAUUUGUUUUAUUUUUAAACAUUGCUUACUACAUUCCUUUUUAGAAGAAAAACGCAUGAGCGACCCAAUUUCCAUUUCUACAAAUGCUCGUUUAUUUUAUGGCUAUUUUGAAUUUAUUUGUAUUAUGUUCUGUAGCACAUUGGUCUGUUUUGUUAGACUUCACCAGGACAACCGGCACAAAUCACGCAGGCGUAAUUAAGUGCUGCUGUCAUUAUUCAUCAGCAUCACUGUUGUCAUUUCUGAGGUGAAUACCAACUACUACAGUUUUGGAGAAAAGCUGACGGAAAUCUGCAAACAUGAAUCUGCAAAAAGGAUGAUUUUGGUUUUGUGUGUGUUUUUGUUUUUAAUUAUAGCCUAACUAAUGUCUUGUGUUGCCACCACUCACCAAAGUGCUUGUACAAAGAAAGCGGAUGGAUGACUUAACACCUGGUAUGCGACGAGCUGCCGCACUUAUGUUUGUGUCUGAGAGAGAAACUCCCAUGAAACUGAUGUCAAUGUUCGCCAAAAUGACAACUCUGCUUCUUUUACAUUUCCCAUUUUGUGUGGCUGGAGUACGGUGAAAAUCUUGAAUUUUAUAUCCUGUGGAUUAAUGCUGGAAGUACAAGAUUGCAUUAAGUGUAAAAAGAGGAAAAAAAAAUUGUAGCUUUUCACAUUUUAUCGCAUUUGAUUGAAAACAUUUUACAUAAAUUUUAGUCAGUUUGUGUGGUGCAGUUUAAAAUAAAUGCCUGCCUUAAAAGGUA